UUUACCCUUAGACGGAAGGCCCAAGGCAAGCAGAGAAAGCGGAGAACCUGUCCUCCGAGCAUCAAAAUGGGAUGUUCCUGACUACCAAAACAUGCAUGACCUCCUCUACCUGGAUAUGGUGAUAGCAGAGACUCUACGCAUGUAUCCACCUGCAUUCAGGUUCACCCGUGAAGCAUCAAAAGACUGCGUAAUUUUGAGACAGCAUGUACCUGCUGGUUUUGUAGUAGAAAUUGCCGUUGGGCACCUCCAUUACAACCAGAAGAUCUGGCCAGAACCUGAGAAGUUUAUUCCUGAGAGGUUUACAGCAGAGGCCAAGCGGCAACGCCACCCCUUCUCCUAUCUCCCCUUUGGCGCAGGCCCUCGUGGCUGCAUCGGUGUGAAGCUGGCUUUGAUGGAGAUCAAGAUAACACUGCUAAGAAUCUUGCAGAAGUUCAGGUUUCAAACCUGCCCCAAGACCCAGAUUCCUUUGCAGCUGAAAUCUCAAGCUACACUAGGACCGAAGAAUGGAGUCUACAUCAAGAUAGUUUCUCGAUAGAGCAGAAUCCGAUUUCUAUAUGUCUUCCAAGGAGAUGACAGCUUGCCGGGUGAUGCGUUGCUUCUGUAAUUGUGAAACUGCACUGGAACAGCCUUUUCUUUUCCAUCUGCCUUGGUAAGGAGGCAAAGGUGUGUUAAAUGAUGUUGAGGGAACAAGUAUAUUGGAAAGCCCCAUCUCAAAAAAAUCUAGGAAGGUCCACUUCAGGGUGGAUCUGUGUGACUUUGGGGAGCUGGCAGGCAAGGAGUCUGCAUUCCAUUCUAAACCCUGUCACUAAGAGCCGCUUCAUCUGUGCAAAAAAAAAAAAUGCAAUCCUUUCCCCACUUCUACUGGGAUUGAAGGCUGGUCAGUGAGAUCCAUGUGAUCAGCUAGUUUCUGGGAGCACUUGUCCCUUCAGCAUACAUAGCCUUUGACUUGUCCUUUGGUGGCUACGACACCUCAUUUGCUAUCAGGAGUCACAGCAUUUCACGCCUUGUUACCAAAUAAACAGU